AUGUCAAAGCGCCCAAGGACACUGGACAGCUUCUUCAGUCCUCCUGCCACCAAGCGCUCCCGCCAGGCUGGAGGAGACACAAGCAAGGUGGCAAACGGCGAGACAACACCGUCGCAACUGUCAAACCACCCAACAUACCCCUUCGCAGUCCCCCAUCUCCCUCCAGAAAUCACCGACAUCCUCAACUUCGCCCCGGCCCAAGAAGCCCGCAUCAUCAACGACCGACCCGAUCUCGACCUGCUCUACUUCCAACCGUACAUUCCCAAGGAAAUCCAACGCCCCCUCUUCGACUUCCUCCGCCGCGAGUUCUUCUUCUACAAAGUCCAAUACAAAAUCAAACGCGGCCCCGUCGAGACGCAAAUCAACACUCCCCGCUACACGACCGUCUUCGGGCUGGACGAGACUUCUAUCUUCAACGACGCCGGCGAAGUCAUCGAUAGCGCCACGGGCAAACCACCCUCUGGCAAAGACGCAUACACCUGCAAACCCCGCCCUAUCCCCGAAUGCCUGGACAUGCUCCGCCGUCUAACAGAAAACACCACCGGUAGCAAAUUUAACUUCGCCCUAGUAAACUACUACGCCAGCGGCGCCGACAGCAUCUCCUACCACAGCGACGACGAGAAAUUCCUCGGCCCGGACCCGUGCAUCGCCUCCUUCACUCUAGGCGCAAAGCGGGACUUUCUCCUCCGCCACAAGAAGACUCCCGCCGCGCAUCCUUCAGAAUCUCAGCCGAUGAAGCUGCCGCUGGCAAGUGGGGAUAUGGUGCUCAUGCGCGGGAAGACGCAGAGUUGUUGGGAGCACAGUAUCCCCAAGCGGAAGGGCGGGGAGGCGGAGAGGGGGAGGAUUAAUAUUACGUUUAGGCGGGCGAUGACGAAAGGUGGAACGGCGAAUUAUUACCGGUAUAAUGUUGGGGAUGGAGGGGUGUUCAAAUGGGAUGGGGGUAGGGGGGAGAUGGUGGCGUGGAAAGGAGGUGAGACUGGAUGA